ACCAGAAACCCGGCAUGCCCAGAUGUUAGUCAUUUUUGAUCUUUUGGAAUCAAAAACGUUUUAUUUUGUGUUCGGAUACGAGUCUCAUUCAUUCGUUUCUCAUCCAUGUCAGCAGCAGCUGAAUUUACAUAUCCUGGCCUUCCAUUGUCUGACACUUUAAUCAGUGUAAGGACAUCUUUGCGCUGCCUUCAAUUGUGCUAUAUUAACACUCGUCGAAAACUUCUGAACAGCUUAUUUAGGCUCUCCAGAUAUCUGCAGUCCACUCGACUCACAACGAAGGAGUUUCUCAUAACCUUCUUUGCGAUUUGUCGGUCACUUGUACUUCAAAAAUGACAAGAAACAUGUUUUUGAUGCAUCUCGCAGUAAUUUGCCUCCUGUGCAUCGCAAGAAGCGAAUCACGGCGCUGCACGAACGGACGAACAGCGUCAUGCCAAGAACAUAAUACACUACACAAGCAGAUGUAUCCCGAUGUCAACGACGAAAAGUGCCAGGGUUUUUGGACAUGUUAUAACGGGACAGCCGUACUACGAUGCUGUGGUGUGGGAACGAGAUACAGUUCCGAACUCCAGGUCUGCGUGCACGCCAAAGACGUGCACUGCCCAAAAUCUGACCAUGCUUCUUUGCAUAUACAACCAAGAUUAAAUAGAUCCAAAGAACGAAAGUAAAUAAAGAUAUGAACAUAUUAAAAAAUAAAAAAGUCAUGCAUGCUU